GCGAUCCUGUGGCAGCCUCAAAAAUUCGCGGUUCGCAAAGUAGUUUAAAUUUGAUUUUUCAACCGAGUGUGUGUGUAUUAAAUUCCACCAAAAUUCAAUUUUUCUAUUAUUCAAAGAGUAAAUUAGGGAAUAGAACGUUUCCCGAUUGAUAAUCAAGGAUAAUUUGAUGAUUGUGCCGGAGGGAACGAAGUUUUGUAUUAGAAUUUGUGGGAGCGAUCGACGCGGUAAAUCGCGAAAAUGUUUCGAUUUUGAAUGAUGUCUUUUAGAAGCGUGCGGCGACAUAGAGAGACUAUGCUACAAUAAGUUGAAGGACCUUGAUGAGAAGAUCGGCCUAAGUUCCGAAGACAACCAUCUUCUCUGGCUAACUAAACGAUCCGGAAAUUCUUCCCGAUGAAGAGGACUGAAAUACAGACCACAAACCGCCGAUGGUACACUCAAGGACCGAAGAUUAAAACCCUGGGAGAGCCGAUGAUACGAUUCUUCCCGAUCUCCGAGCAACUGCCCUCGAACCGGCUCGGCGUGAAAACGGUCAACAUGCAGCUGAAGAAGUCGCCCGAGAGCGGCCUGCUCAUCAUCAACAGCGGCGGAGAUUUCUUCCGCGCCGCCGCUCCGGAAGAAUUCGGCACCACCAAAAGCAGAGCGCCAAGUGCUAAAGGCAACGGAAUCAAUCUCUCCGGCGGCGGUGACAUGUGCGCUUGUACCGUCCUCCAAACCUCGGACGGGUUCGCCGAGUGCCCGUGUAAAAGCGUUCGACGACCCGACCGGAAGUCGAAGCGCAGAACCGCGAGUGCGUGGCCGCAGCGAAGCUCCAGCGUUAGUUCCGAUGAAAUCAACAACAACGACAACAAUUUCAAGUCCGCGUCGUCGUGGAGGUGUUGCGAAUCCUCGCGGGAGGCGGUGGUCGCGGGUCGCGGGAAACCGGAAACGCGGGAGUCGGUGGUCGCGAGUCGCGGGAAACCGGAAACGCGGGAGUCGGUGCUCGCGAGUCGCGGGAAACCGGAAGUGCGGGAAUCGGUGGUGAAGAGACCGGAAGUGGGACGCGCCUACCGGAAGGGGAGUAGUAGUGAAACGGGGGUGAGCACGGAGAACGAUUCCGAUUCGAGGAUAAUCGAGACGAAGCGGAAAGUCUCGCUGCUGGUGGACCAGUUGCUCAUCGAUAUCUCGAAACACGGAGACCGGAAGCUGUCGGACGGAAACCGGAGUGACCAGUCCACCACGGAUUACUUCAAUCGUACGACCACCACCGAUUCGGACUUCGACUGCGAUGACUGCGUCGUUCGAGUGUAUGGGCUUCCGUACCUGCAAAAGAGAAGGUUAGAAGAAUUACGUCUUCUGGUUCAAAAUUUACAAAAUCAGAUCGCCAGAGCGGGGAACAAGUUAGUUUACAACCUAAAGAAACGAGACUUUCUCAUCACACUGAAAGAGAAAAACUGCGAUAUCGUCACCGCCUUUCUUCAAGCUCAUUCCAGAAAAAGAAGCGAGGACACCCGGCUGAAAUUCAGCGUGACUCCGAGCCCCGGUGACAGCGGCUUCGCGCAAUGGCACAGCGCGAUGAAAAUGGUUGCGCGGCUCCCGGAAGGCAUUCCUCACGAAUUCCGGAAGACGCUAUGGCUGACGCUGGCGGAGCAACAUUUGGCUGCGCGAGGAGUCGACUGGCCACAAGUGAGCAGGAGUCUCUUCAACGAAUGGACCAAUCCAGAUGAUGAGGAAUUAGGAGUACAAAUAGUUAAGGACCUUCAUAGAACAGGGUGUAGUUUAUUUUGCGGACAGUCGGGUCAACAUAAUCAGGCAGUCUUGAAACGAGUUCUGUUGGCGUACGCGCGGUGGAAUAAAAAUGUUGGAUACUGUCAAGGGUUCAACAUGCUGGCAGCCUUAAUUUUGCAGGUGAUGGAUAGGUCGCAGCCCAAUUCAGUGAAGGUUAUGAUUUAUUUAAUAGAAGGUGUCUUGCCAGAAAGUUACUUUGCAAACAACCUGAGGGGGCUCUCUGUGGACAUGGCUGUUUUCCGGGAGUUGCUAAAAUUGAGGUUUCCAGCCCUCUCCAGGCACCUGGAUCAACUUCAAAAUGACUCAAAAGACUCAGGCACCAGCUACGAGCCACCUCUGACAAAUGUGUUCACUAUGCAAUGGUUUUUGACCUUGUUUUGCAACUGUCUUCCCCAGUCGAUGGUCCUCAGAGUAUGGGACCUCAUCUUUCUCGAGGGAAAUGAGAUUUUGCUGAAAACGGCUCUGGCUAUUUGGGACUCCUUAUCCGAUCGGAUAAUGGCUGUAGAUAGUGCUGACGAGUUUUACAGCAUCAUGGGUGUUCUCACGCGAGAGAUGCUCGAAAUUGGACUGAUGGAUGCAGACCAUCUUGUUAAGGCAAUAUCAAGUAUUAGUCUUCCGGAGCUGGGCGAACUUCGAGAAAAAUACAUGUACAACAUCACGCCGUGGUCAGCGGUGGCCAAGAGAGGCCUCAGACUUUUCUACAGCGACGAGGACACUGAUACGAGCGAUGAUGAUGAGAAAGUCGCCGUCGCAGCAGCCUAUGCCUUGUUCCGCUCACCUAAACAUAAAGAUCAACUUGCCUCUGACCGGGAAAAGAUAGCCUUGGAUAUCUCUGCCCUAAAAAAGCAAUAUUGCAAACUUCGAGAGCGCCAAAGACAGGCUCACAUUAUUUUAUCUGCUGCUUGCGGCGGAGGAAAUCUGGCUGUAACUAAUCCAAUGUCUCCAGCAAUGAACCAUUUAUUGCUAAACAAAAAACCACUGCUCACCUCGAAGACGCAUAGAUUACCGCCAAUACCCGGGUCCAUCCCACCGCCCCUAAAACACCAGCACCAAGUAAAACAACAGGAGGAAGUAGGAACAACCAUCCCCUGGGAAAGUUCUGAGAAGAAACGACGGCAGGUGCAGCGAGCAACAUCAGCAACCGAGUCUCUAGCCACUGAUCAAUCAGAGGAGGUGUCGGACAUCUCGAACGUUUCGUCGCGGCGGAACAGCAAUAGCUCCUCUUCCUCCUCCUCGACAGAACUUUGCGACGAUCCAGACCCGGACGACGAUGCAGCCAGUGACGCCGAAUCUCUUCCCGUCACCAUGCGACAGGAGCCAGCGCCUUGCAAAGAAGUCAAUCCAGACAUCGCCGUAUCAUCUAGGAACUCGUCGGAUUCCCUCCAUCUCAGAGACGAAUUCUCUGAAAACACCGAGGGCUUCAGAGAAGACUCUAUUUCCUCACAUCUCCCAUCUUCCGUGGAUGCAGAGUGCUCGAAAAAAAGCAUAGAGGAUAUCAGAGAGGACUCCACUUCUUCACAUCCUCCACCCUCUGUGGAUGCAGAGUGUUUGAAAAAAAGCACGAAGGAUUUCACAGAGGACUUUCCUGCCUCAUAUCUCCUAUCCGGGGGCGCAGAUAAUUCGAAAAAAGACUCGACCUCCAGGCUUUCGUUGCUUCCCGAGACAGCAGAAUGUCCGUUAACAGAAACAACUCCCUUGCAUCCUCCGCCUUCUGAGAGCGUGGAUACUUCCCAAAAUGCCUCCAUCUCGGACUCGCCUCCAUCCGAGAGCAUGAUUAGCGUCCUCUCUCCACGUAAUGAAACCGUCCCAGUGAACCCUGCCUCAGAUCGAUCAGAAUUGACCGAUCAGAAUUAUGUUAUCAACCCUGAUGAUACAAAUACUUCUUCCCCAACUCAACCAGUAUGUCAGCCGGCCCUUGACUCUAAAAGCUCCAUCACUGAUCCUUAUUAUACCUUGAUUACCGCUCCUUCGCUUUCGGAAACUCAAAUUUCCUCACCCCUUAAAUUUUUAGAGCCAGAAUUUCAGCCAAAUAAGCAAACUGGGGUAAGUCUACAUAGUGCUAAAUUAUCCACAGCGCCUUCUAUAGAUUCGAAUUCCAUCCGUGUAAGUAGAGAGGAUCGCUCUGUAUCUCAUAGCGGUGCACAGAUUUCCCAGGGAGAGACAACUGAGACGUCAUCUUCAACGGAGUCAAAUUUAAAGGGCACAGAAAACAAAUGUGAGCCUUCAAGGGCAGAAACUAGUGGAAAUCUUAGUGUUUUUCUCGAGCCAGCCAUAGAUUCUCAUCAAGGGUCUAAUUUUUUAGAUUUUGAGGAGCGGGUUGUUCAAGGAAACUUUUUCACUAGUGCCUCGUCAGAAGACAUCUCAAAUUCACCCUCAUCGGCAAAAGAUCGACUUGACACUAGUCAUGUAGAUUGUAAGAUUAAUAAUUUGUUCAGGGAAAAUUUACUUACAGGGCUAGACACUCCUGAUAAGAAAUCAAAGACCUUUGAAUUUGACCCUAAAGUAGGGGAGAAUAGUUCAAAUGUUAACGCAUUAGAUAGGAGUGAAAGAAAAUUUAUCAGUAAGCCUUUAGAUUUGUUGAGUCCAAACCCUGCGUCGGAGGUGAGUUCAAGCCAAUUCAGUCCGUUGAAAGAUUUGACGGAAUACCGGUCCGAUUUAGAGGCAAAGUACGGUCAUAAAAGUUUCGAGACUCUCGAAAAUAAACUAAGCCUGGAAGGCAUUCUAGAUGGAAGUGAAGAUUUAAGGAAUAAUACGGACAAUCAUCGGAGUUUUGAAUUGGAUCUAGGAAAGGAAAAAAUUUCAACGCCAGAGGAAAUAAGUUCCUCAGUGUUGAAAGAUAUUGAAAAUGAAAAGUCUUUAGAUAUAACAUCACUCACUAGUUCUGAACCCUCCGAAAUAAUUUCUGAAAGCGAAUCGACUGAACACGAGCAUGGGCAAAUUUUGAAAGAAUAUGAAAAUCCCGAAAAUGCCAAGUGCCUUGAGGAAGAGACCCUCGAUCAGGAUCAAUACUCUAACUUAAAACUCAAAUUAGACAUAGAAAACAAGUUACAACAGUGUAUAAGCUCCAUGAAAAAGAUGGAACUCGAGCUGAAAAUUCCACUUCAAAGUGAUGAAGAAACAUGUUCUCAAGCAAACAAUAUCAAUCCGAAUAUUAGUGAAGUUGACACAAAGUCUGUGCCUGAACAUGCAUCGAUUCCGGUGUCACCGAUUCAAACAGUGAAAUCAACACCCAAAACGUUAGGUGGUAUAGAUGAAGACAAAUCCGAGAACCUAAAACCCAGACGAGAUAGUGCAACAGCUUUGCAGAGGAUCUUAGCGGAGAACUCGAAAAUCCUCAGCCGGAUACAGAUCCAAAGAACUGACAAGAGCAUUUCCAAACUCAGCGAUUUAGACGAGAUAAGCGUAAGAAAAGAGGUAUCGUCCAGAGGUAGUUUUGAGGAUAGUACGUCCAAAUUCAGCAAAACUAGGCAGUAUUCCUCACUGGACAGUAGUCAAUUUUCUUUCUUUAAAAAAGGAGAUAUAUCAAAGCACAGCUUAGGCGGAUCAUUCUCCGAAAAUAAACUCCACUCGGAUGAUUAUACUUGCUUGAGGCCGCACCAGAGGCCACUUCUGGAGGACGUCGAGGACAAAACCAUUGAAGAGUUCCUACAAGGAAGUGUCAGCUCCCACGAACGAGAGACUCCGAUUGACGAGGUUGUAGGGAGUUCGGUGUCAAGGACGCAAUCUACCGGAUCAAUUCUAAACUACCCAUUACAAACAAGCUCUGAACUUGGGUUCGAGAGGGACGGAGCUGUCUCCCGGUUAAAAUCUUCGGGGACCGAGUUUGAGAUGGGUUCGUUGGAAAAAGCGAGCGCGUUUUCGAGCGGCUUUCUAGAGGGGGCAAGGUUGGAAAUCGGAAGUGAGCAAGUUAAUAUCUCGAGUCGGGAAGAUGACCUGGAGAGAUUUCCGAGAGUCGGGAGUUUCAGCGGAGGUCGCCGAGCCCGGAGCCAGGACGAGGAGAGCGAGAUGUCUGCGGGGACCGCGGCAGACGAGACCCAGCUCCAGAGCGAGUACUUCGAGUCGGUCACGACCGAGAACGAAACGGAGAAAUUCACGUCCUCCUGCGAAAGCUCCACCUACGAUCUGGAAACAAUGCUCAGCGACAGCCCUCCUCUCCAUCAUAACUUCCCCUCGUCGAGGAGCUUGUACACGACUAUCUUGUCCCACAAGUUCGACCCGCAGGACAUCGUAAGCUCCCCUCUCGAUCAUCUGAAAACUGACUGUUUGUCCGAUUGAACAAGUUCCCUCCCAUCAUCUCCCGCCAGGUCCCGCAGAUUACCGCAGAUAAAAAUAGUUCUCUUAGCAUGACGGAAUACGUCGUCUUUCGAACGAAGGAACGUAACUCGAUUUCAAGGUUGCCAAAUUCACUCGAAUAAUUCAUUUAUUUUACGAAAACGAA